AUGUCGGAAGAAGUAGACAUGGAUCUUGGCUUUACGUACGAUGUUAUGACCUCUGCUUACAAUGUUAUGGUACUGAAAGACUGCAUCCGAACACAAGCAUUCUCUAUUAAGGGAACAAAGAAACUUGAAGCCUAUGUAGAGACUGUCCGGAAUUACUGGACUACUUCCACCGGAGUGUGGAAAAGGGAACACCAAGCAGUAGAUACCGCCACAAUCAGUACUGCAACACAGUUCAUCUACAGGCCCUUAAAGGAAGAGCUUGUUCUUCUCCUUGAGAAGCGGCACAGGAGAUAUGCGAACGAAAAUCCUCUCUCCUGCUACGCUGAACAGGUUUGGGGACAAGAGCGCUACGUAUAUCAAAGGCCGUCCACGAGAGUAAACGACUGGAGACUGUUCUUGUCCAAUGUUUUCAGCAUGUCAAUAUGACCUCGAGGUUGGGUUGGGUUAGGUUGGCCGGAGCAUUGAAUACGAAUAAUACGGUAACGACUACUUAGCAUAUUUGUUUCGAUUGUAUCCGC